CCCGCCCAUGAGGCGGCCGGGGCCGCCUUCCCGUGAGCGGCAGAAGAUGGCGGCGGCCGCGGGCUGGGCGCUGCUGGCCCUGGCGCUGUGUCUGAGCGUGACGGCCGCGGCCGGCGGCACCGAGGGGAAGCGGCGGGACGGGCCGCCCAAGAAGAAGGACAUUCGGGACUACAACGACGCGGACAUGGCCCGGCUGCUGGAGCAGUGGGAGAAAGAUGAUGACAUUGAAGAGGGAGAUCUCCCUGAACACAAGAGGCCUCCAGCACCAAUAGAUUUCUCAAAAAUAGAUCCAGGCAAACCUGAAAGCAUCCUGAAACUGACAAAGAAGGGGAAGACUUUGAUGAUGUUUGUCACAGUGUCGGGAAAUCCCACAGAAAAGGAGACAGAGGAAAUCACCAGCUUGUGGCAGGGCAGUCUCUUCAACGCAAACUACGACGUGCAAAGGUUUAUUGUUGGCUCCAAUCGGGCCAUCUUUAUGCUGCGGGAUGGUGGCUACGCCUGGGAGAUCAAAGACUUCCUGGUAAAUCAGGAAAGGUGUGCAGAUGUUACUCUGGAAGGUCAGGUUUAUCCUGGCAAAGGAGCAGAUGGAAAUGAGAAAGUGAAAAACAAAACAAAACCUGAAAAAUCAAAGAAGAAGAAAGACGCAGAGAAGAAAUCUAACGGCGUCAAAGAGGACAACCGAGCAACCAGCCAGCGAGAGGAGCUAUGACAGCCACGGCACCCAGACUGAAUCCUGCUCUGCUGCUCCUUGAAGGGAAUCUCCUGAUAGGUCCUGGGCUUUCUGGGGGUGGGGAGGAAGGAAACAGAGACUACUGAGGCUUAAAUUUGUGUUGAAAUUCACCAGUUUACUCAUUGCUGUUGGCCAUUUGUUUAGUUACAGGAA